AUGAUUCCAAAAAUUGAGUAAAAAAUUAACUAUAGCGAUUUAGUGAAAAUACUAUUUUUCGUCUUAUUAAAAUGGGUUAGAUUGGAAAAUUUUCAUAUUUUUGAAGACUAGCAAAGAAUGGGUGAUCAAUUGCAAUAAGUAAAGUAUUUAUAUGGGCUUAAAAAGAUGAAAAGGAUGAUGCAUAUUUAUUUCCUUUAAUACAAUUGUGCUUUUUAACUAUCAUAAAAAUAAUUUGGCAAUUAAUUUCUCAAAAAAUUAAGAAAGAUACUUAUCAAUUUAGUUUAUUAUAAGCUAACUGAAUUAAGUGCUUUUUCAAUAGUUGAAGCUAAUAUAGGUAAAAUUUAGAUUUAGUCUCUGAUGAUAUAUAUCACGGGGUAGAUUUAAUGGGCCUAUUAGGUUGAUUGCACAUACGAUUAUUUUCAUAUUGAACCUGAUUAAAGUCGAAGUUUAAUAGUUGAACUCGCAAACACAAAAAUACUCAACACCAUAUUAAUAUAAAACGAUUAAAAUUGA